CGGAAAAGCUGCCGGGUAACUCGCCACCGAAAUGUUCCAUGUAUCGCGUCUCGUUGUCCGUGGCCAGGCUCACGUAAAAACUUGUGCACGAUUGGCUGCUCUCCAGUCCAGCCGCCAUAUCACCACCAGCCGCGCGGCAAGCAAAGAUGUUGGUUUUCGCACUGAAUCUGACACGUUUGGCGAGCUGAAGGUUCCGAACGACAAAUACUAUGGUGCCCAGACUGUACGUUCGACGAUGAACUUCCCAAUCGGUGGCCCGACGGAACGUAUGCCACAGCCAGUCAUUACCGCUAUGGGCAUCCUAAAGAAAUCCGCCGCGCUGGUUAACAAGGAGUACGGUCUGGAUCCCAAGAUCGCCGAUGCCAUUUCGCAGGCCGCGGAUGAUGUCAUCUCGGGCAAGUUAUAUGAUGACCACUUCCCGCUCGUCAUCUGGCAGACAGGCUCUGGUACUCAGACGAACAUGAACGUGAACGAGGUGAUCAGCAAUCGAGCCAUCGAGAUCCUUGGUGGCCAGCUUGGCUCGAAGACACCCGUCCAUCCGAACGAUCACGUUAACAAAUCGCAAUCGUCCAACGAUACGUUCCCUACGGCGAUUCACGUGUCGGUUGCCCGAGAGCUGACGGGAAAUCUACGUCCUGCUAUUCAAACCCUGCACGACGCUUUGAAAGCAAAAUCGGAAGAGUUUAAGGAUAUCAUCAAAAUUGGCCGUACUCACACACAAGAUGCGGUUCCACUGACACUCGGCCAGGAGUUCAGCGGCUAUGUGCAACAGAUGGCCUUUGCAUUGGAUCGUAUCGAGGCUGUGCUGCCUCGUGUGUAUAUGUUGGCUAUCGGUGGAACCGCCGUCGGCACGGGACUGAAUACGCGAGUUGGGUUCGCUGAAAAGGUGGCUGCAAAGAUCGGAGAGUUGACUGGAUUGCCGUUCGUUUCGGCACCAAACAAAUUCGAAGCCCUGGCAGCACGUGAUGCCAUGGUGGAAGUAUCCGGUUGCCUCAAUACGAUUGCAGUUAGCUGCAUGAAAAUUGCAAAUGACAUUCGUUUUCUUGGAUCGGGCCCAAGAUGUGGAUUGGGUGAGUUGAGCUUGCCAGAAAACGAACCGGGAAGCUCGAUCAUGCCCGGAAAGGUUAACCCAACACAGUGUGAAGCCAUGACCAUGGUGUGCGCUCAGGUGAUGGGAAAUAAUGUGGCCGUUACCGUUGGUGGAUCCAAUGGUCACUUCGAGCUGAACGUGUUCAAACCUUUGGUUGUCUCGAAUGUUCUUCGAUCCAUCCGGUUGCUAUCGGACAGCGCUCGUACUUUCACCAAGAAUUGUGUGGUUGGUAUCGAGGCAAAUCGUGCCAACAUUGAUAAAAUCAUGAACGAAUCGCUGAUGUUGGUCACUGCCCUAAACCCGCACAUCGGCUACGAUAAGGCUGCCAAGAUUGCUAAAACGGCGCACAAGGAGGGCACAACCCUCAAGCAGGCCGCUCUCAAGCUAGGAUAUCUGAACGAACAGCAGUUUGCCGAAUGGGUCCGACCGGAGAACAUGCUCGGCCCGAAGUAAAUCGACCCAAUGAACCUGUUCCAGUGUGCAGCGAGUGUUCGUAAGCUGGAUGGAUUGAACGAGUAGAUGAUUGCAUUAUUUAUUUACAACAUGGUAAAAAGUAUUCGUGGAAUCAGAAAAAAAGGAAUAUAUAAUAUGCCAUGGUGAAGUCGUGAAGUGUGA